AACGAUGCCCUUUGCUCUGGUAAACGUGUAUGUGUAUGUUUCGGGACACUAACGUGUAGUGUAGGCCGCGGCGUGUUUCCAUGGCAACGGAGCAGAGCAGCAAUGGACGAGACUAGGGCGCUGGAGGAUGAUCUCUGCACCGACCCCGACAUCAACAAGGGCACAGGGGGUGAAGCUGAAAUAGUGGCGCACCUUUCCCAGAGUGAUGUUUUCCGGAUUUGCAGUGUUCUGGACGAUUGUAUAGAUCAGUUAACCAUUCUUGGCCUCAUCAUGCCAGUUUCCUUUGAAGAAAGUACAGAUUCGACAAGCAAUGUUGGGAAUGAAAUUGACCUGAUACUGAAGGGUCAGAAACAGACGGUGUCAAAAUAUCAGCAGAUAAUGACUUCUCGGUCAGAGGUCGGGGCUAGAAGACUUUCUACAGACCAAUUGACAGAGCUGGGAGAGCAAAUCAAAGACGUUGCAGCAGAUCUAAAGAGGAGCAGCCAGCUCUUGAAUACAUCCCUGAAACAGAAUCCACUUGCUUCUGACAGUUUUGCCAAGGUGCAAAUGGACAGGCAAUUUGCUUCGGAUGUGAUUAAUGAAACCCUGAAUGAGCUGCAUUCUUCGAGAACUUUUCAGACUAUGCUUGAUGUCAUUGAGAGGGAGAAAAAGAAAAAAAUUAACAUGCAAAAUGCAAUCAUCAGGGAAGAAGAAGGCAGGAGGAAAAUUAAAGCAUUGAGAAAUCAGCUGCAAAAUUUACAGAUGGAAAAAGAGGCAGAACAACAGAAUAAAGAUGAGAUGAUUGCUCACCUAAAAGACCAAGUGCAAGAAAUGAAAGCAAAAACAUCCACGGAAGGGAAGUACAUGAAGAAAAAUGCAGAAUUGCAGGUCCAACAGACACAGAAAAAAUGUACCGAAGAGGAGAGUAAAUUAAAGGAAGAGGUUCAGCUCUUGAAAAGCAAAAUCGAUCAGGAGAUUCGGAUACACUUGGAGAUUGAAAGAUUCCUGAGGCAAAAUCAGGCAGAUUUGGAAGAAAAGCUGGAAUUGUGGAUGGAAAAAUAUGAUAAAGACAUUGAAGGAAAGCAAAAUGAACUGAUUUCUCUGAAAGCAUCCAAGACUAGUAAUUUACAACGGCUCAGAGAGGACUCUGAAAAGUACUUGACAUAUGAACGAGUAAUAAUUGAGGACAGACUUGAGAGGGAGAAUGAAUGCAAGAGACGGACACAAGAAGAAAGAGAGUUUAGAAGCAUUAUCAAGCUUCAGUCCUGGUGGCGAGGCGUCAUGGUUCGCAGGGAGAUUGGUAUCUAUAAGAACCUUAAAAAGAAAGUAGAAAGCAAAGGAAAGGCUAAAGGUAAAGGGAAGGAGAAGGAUAAAAAGAAGAAAUGAAACCACUUCUUUCUGGAAAUUUGCAGCAUCUAUGCAAGGCUUUAUUUUGCUUCAAAGAGAAAGAUUAUUACUUGACAAUACAAACCAAUUUUGAAAAGUUAAAUUAUAUUGACCAAAUAAGAAUGCAAAUUUCACAAAAUUAUUUGCUAAUCAUACUAGCAGUCGACCUAUUAUAUUUUUUAUCCUUGCAAAACAAUUAAAAUCUGAAGUUAUAAUGUCUUAA